CCACUCUUUAUCCUGACUUCUGAGACAUCAACAUGGGGAUCCUUGCUACACGUUACGCUCUUGUCUUGUUGCUUGUAUUUCUGGCGCUGGACGCAGUAAAUGGUGCUCAUGGCAAACAUAACGGUACAAGUCACGGUGGACACGGAGGUCACGGUGGACACCGAGGUCACGGUGGACACGGUCACGGCGGACACGGAGGUCACCACGGACACGAAAGUCACGGCGGUGGAGGUCACGGUGGACACGGGGGUCACGGCGGUACAGGCCACAGUGGACGCAGAGGUCACAGCGGUCCAAGACACGGUGGCCAAAGUGGUCACAGUCAUGAACCAAAAGGCGGGCAUUAGGAAGGACCUGCAGAGAGCCACAGCUAUUUGCGCCGCCCAGAAUUAUGAAGUUGGAAAGCGUGUACAGCUGACUAGAGGAACCGUGCUUGAAUGGCAUUUGCUCGCUCAUGUAAUGAAAACCAUCAAGGGACGUUUUCGUGUCUCUCCAGACAGAGUCGAGGCCGGCAUAACUCAGUAUUCAAAAACAAAAAUGUUAAAAAUUUUAUGAAGCAGUCACGAAUGGAUUGUAACUUUUUUGUCAGUACUGACCAUUGAGACGAGAGCGUAACGCACUUGAAAUAUUUUACAUUUCAUUUUAAAUUUACCUUAUCAGAACAUAGUAAUGAAAUGUUAGGGUAGGAGAUAUUUUAUUGUAAGUUGAUUUGCUUCCGAAUGAUGUUGAACAUCACUUUUUUUAUCAAAAACCUCCGGUGAGGAAAAAUCAUAAUCUACAACCCACAUGCAUAUUGCUGCCAGUAACAGUGUGAGAGGAUCCCAUUUCUUUUAUCAGUUUUUAAUCUUUUAAAAAACAACUAACAGUGUAUAGAACCAUAUCACCGAUUGAUUUGAAUAUCUUUGUAUUUGAUAUAAUGGUAUUCAAUAAAUAUUUAUAUCAGUUU